CGAAAUUAGCGCGAUUACGAGUGAGCCGGCAGCGACGGGCAAACGUUUUCGCCGGCACGCUCGCGUCGUCGAGCCGAACCGGUGCAUCACGAGAGCAAGGGCGCUCGAUCACGCCACUGCCCUUCGGCGAAUCAUUUGGAGGAUUCCUCCCGGCCUGCCUUUCUAAAAGCACUCAAACCAGUCUCGUCGACUAUCCCAAAUAAAAGCCGAGCCGAUCAACACGUCGAGUGGGAGAGAAAGGAAAUCGAAACACGGAGCAGAGAGGAGCCAUUGUCAUUCAGCGUCGCGCGCAUCUCCGAAUUCCACGAUCCCGGGGGCAGCAUGUAGGCCCACGAAUGAAGGCCAAACGAGUCACGGCAGCUGCGAGCGAUCUACCAGUAAUACUCCGACUGCCGAGUCCGAAUAAAGAAAGCCGGCGGCCCUCCUUACUGAUUUCAGCGGUCUGGCUGUUCGCGGGGGGUGACGCGGCGGACUUCUGUCGUUGCCCAGCGGUGGCGGAAGUGGCGGAACCGGUCUGUGGCACCGACGGCCAAACUUACCAAAGCCGAGCUUAUUUGUACUGCGCUGCUCGUUGUCAGAAGAAAGAUAUCAAGGUGGCUCAUCCAGGAAACUGUUAGCCACCGAUUGAUAAAAGACGGAAACAAUCAAUGGUGAAAAUAUCAUGUACGACGAAUAAACAAUUUGUUGCAUUGAAAACUAA